CAGUGUGCGGAGAGCGACCGCAGUGUACACCAUCUCCACGUUUUGGCAAAGAAGGCAGCAGCAGCAUCGUUGCUGAGCGUUGCUGAGUUCUCUCACGUCGUACCGAUCAGCUGGACGAGCAUAGUGUCGUUUGUCACGCACCCCUUUCCUACCUUCUCGUUCAGGUUGUUCCUCGCCGCGAUACCAGACUUUGUCGAUCACACGCGUGUUAAACACGCGAACUCUGGUCGCGGUGGUAGACCGAGUGCGUCGAUUUGAAACGAAAACAAAAAGGAUCGAGUUUACUUCGCGCGGCUGACGAACCAGGCUGGCUGGUGUCCUUUCGUUGUUUCGAUCGACAAGGUAACGAAUCCCUUUCUUGAUGAGUACGACGACGCCGUCAACAAUCACGGUCGGUAGCCACGCGGUUGACGCUCUCACCGCCGGUACCAGCAUCUCCGAAGGGGCUGACACCUAGCACGAGGAGCGUCUGCUGCGGAGCUAGCGGAGGAGGAACGAUUCCGGGGGGACCAUCUUCCCUUCUAUCGUGAUAUAGUGCUGUUGUGCUUGUUGUUGUUGUUGUUGUUAUUAUUGAUAUUUGAUGAUACACGUGCUCAGGUGUCGCGAGUACUGACUACGCGGCUUACAAUUUCAGAUUGUCUUUUUAACGCGUCGUAUAAAGAUCUAAUUUUACUAGUUGUUCUUCCGGUUUUAAAGUGUCGUUCUAUGAUCGGAGUGUUUUACGAUCCAAGUCGGAGGACGGGAGUAUCAACGACGUUCCAACUUCUUUCGAGAUCGGCCAAACGAUUUCAAGGUUUGACAGAUUUCGUUUAGUCGGGCUGAUCGUCUACGCGAGGUCGACGACACGUGGAUCCGAAUCCGAUCGUUCCUAGCUCACGUGGUCGUCGAACAACUACCGGCGACACCCUGAUAGUGGCGCUUUCGCGAUACUCACGGAUGUUCCUCACGUUAAAAAGAGCUGCUCGUGAUCAGUUUCAAAGUUGCCGGCUACCUGUGUGCCUGUUGAAUUUUUAUUGAUGUUCUAUAGCAACGUUGUAACAUCGAACGUGAUUCGGUGAGUGCCCGGCCGAGUGAAAAGAACGAAACCAAGAGGAAAGAAAAGCGAGAUUUUCCUUGUCAAACGAUAUUUCCAUUCUACUGUCGAGGAAUUGAAACGCGUGUGUGUGUUACUUUCAUGUCGCGAAUAGAAGGAGAGGGAUGACGGUGCAUCGUCGUUGUGCUGCAGACACCGUCGAAAAGGACGAAGAAGGCUCGUGAAUUGCUUAAACGACGAUCAUCAGUGCUAUAACCAGACACUAGUACCGCGUCGUUGUUUGCGAGAUUCUUCGUAGGAUUUUUCGGAUCCGCAAACACGCGGAAUUAACCAGGCAGCGUGGAGCGCUCGGCGAUCGUGUGGCCGCGCGCCGCGGACCUCUACCUUUACCAACCAGGCUGUGCAUUUCUCACCUACUAUAGUCGUGACAGCGCAAUCAGUGCCCAGAACGCUCUGCAUGAGAAGCGGACUUUACCAGGGGGUGUGACGGGCGACCGGCUGGCCGGGGGCGCCGCACACCUCCUCCAUCUCUUCUUCUUCUUGCCACGACCACAACACACAAUGUAACAACAACUACCACUACUAGAGUCGUCCGCGUGAACCACGUUCUCAAUGUACUCGAUGUGAUGAACCGUCCUAUUCAAGUCAAGCCGGCGGACAGUGAAAACCGCGGAGAGUGCAUGAUGGACGACGGGAGCACCAGUGCCAUCUUCUGGAAGUAGGAGGCACCGGUGGCGGCCGCUGAAGACAGAAAGCUGUUCGUGGGAAUGCUCAGCAAGCAACAAACAGAAGACGAUGUCAGACAGUUGUUCACUGCCUUUGGCACAAUAGAGGAGUGUACCAUCCUCCGAGGACCCGACGGCAGUAGCAGAGGCUGUGCAUUCGUGAAACUUUCAUCACAUCAAGAAGCGCUAGCGGCGAUCAAUACCUUACACGGUAGCCAAACUAUGCCGGGAGCGUCAUCCAGCUUAGUGGUAAAGUUCGCAGAUACUGAGAAAGAGAGACAACUAAGACGCAUGCAGCAAAUGGCUGGGAACAUGAGCCUCCUUAACCCUUUCGUUUUCAAUCAGUUCGGCGCUUACGGCGCUUAUGCUCAGCAGCAAGCAGCCCUCAUGGCUGCUGCGACAGCACAAGGGACGUACAUCAACCCAAUGGCGGCACUGGUCGGUGCUGGACAACUACCGCACGCGUUAAAUGGCAUGCCAAAUCCCGUGGUUCCACCGACUUCUGGUUUGCUCGUAGGUACCGGUACAGGGCAGCCGGUUAACGGGGCGAUACCGUCGUUACCAUCGCCAACGAUGCCCAAUUUCAACAUGGCUGCACAAACACCGAAUGGUCAACCAGCAGGUUCGGAUCCUGGUGUCUACACCAACGGGAUACCGCAGACCUAUCCGGGACAUGCCCUCCAUCUGUCCAUUCCAGCACAAGGGCUGCCCAAUGGGGAGGCGGCACUCCAGCAUGCCGCCGCGUAUCCUGGAAUGCAACCCUACCCCGGUGUCGCUUAUCCCGCCGUCUACGGCCAGUUUCCUCAAGCUAUUCCUCAGCCGAUGACCGCCGUGGCACCCACGCAGAGGGAAGGAUGCUCUAUCUCAGGACCUGAAGGCUGCAACCUAUUCAUCUACCACCUGCCUCAGGAGUUUGGAGAUGGUGAGCUCAUGCAGAUGUUCAUCCCCUUUGGCAACGUCAUAUCGUCCAAGGUUUUCAUCGAUCGGGCCACCAACCAGAGUAAAUGCUUCGGUUUCGUGUCGUUCGACAAUCCAGCGAGCGCACAGACAGCAAUUCAAGCGAUGAAUGGCUUCCAGAUAGGGAUGAAGCGUUUAAAAGUCCAGUUAAAGAGGCCCAAGGACGCAAGCCGGCCAUACUAACCAAAGUCCUAGCUUAGAGAAACUGGACGAUACGCACCCUACAUCAUAACCCACAGAAUGUCGUACAAGAACACGGGCUUAUUGAACGCUCGACGAUCAGAAGUGAUGAGUUUGAAUCACCGUUACAACGCUCUCCACUAUAAUAAUCUAGUAUACUAGUUAGAUAAUUUAAUUAGAGUAUAAAAAUUAGAAGUCGGUAGAUUGACUUCGCCGGCAGCCACGCGGCGAGGACGAAGAGGCAGGCUGAUGCUAAUGAAACAUUGGAUGUCCAGCACUGAACCCAGUCCGAGAAACCAAACGCGAGUAGGAUUCACGCUUCAAACGAUUUCUCGGAUGCUCGGAUACGACAAAUUCUUUACUAAGAACGGAGAACACGUCGAUCUUUUUCAUCCUGUUCUUUCUAUUUUCCUACGUCUUAUUCUAUUUUAUACAUUUUUCCGUUCUUCACUCUCGAUCCCUACUGCCAAACGAGGAUUCGUAUCGAGAUACGAACAAUUAUUCGAUACGCGUCUUACAACAAGACAUUCUAAUCCUAAUACGAUUUUGAAGAUCCGAUCAUCCGGGAAGUAGUAGAUAUCGAGAGCCUAGAGCCUCUCGACCAGGUUAUCGUUCCGACGACACACUAUCUCCUAAAUAGUUUGAUAAUCACGGUGAACGUUCAAGACGGGUGACUUUCCGACACUAACCAAAGAAUACUCUUAGUUCCUGACGAAACGGCAUGGCGAUUGUAGCCGACCGACUGUUAAAAAAAGUUAACUAUUACUGCGAUUCGACCCAUAGAAUACCAAAGAAAGUACCUCUUCAGAUUCUCUAGAAAACACGAAUCACAGUGUGUGUAUCGGUUGAAUUCCUUAUUCGUUUACGAACAACUUUGCCAAUUUUCAUUUGAAAACGCAGUUAAACCGUCGAAUCCGUUUGGAUGUCGUGUGUUCGGUAUGCCGAACGCGUCAUCACCGUAUUAUACAUACCACGUAUAUAGCAACGUCGUUAGGAUCGUUUACUAUGUUUAGUGGUCUUCGGGCAGGACCGACGGCACAGUGCUCGCGGUCUCUCCUAACGCAAAUUUGUCAAUCACGUAUACAGGGUGCUCGUCUCACGCAACGUCUAGAAAGAAGAAGAAAUUUCUAAAACGAAAACUACGAAUCCGAACAUGGAACACGCAUUUACAUACAUUUACACUGGUAUAUAUACAAACGACGCACAUACACGCGCGGACACACGCACACGUGCACAACACGCGCAUACAGCUCACACACAUCACGCAUCUACUUACACACGUAUCUACAUGUACGAAUCAGUGCCGACCCAACAUUCGCGGGUUAUCGGUUCUUCUUAUGUUAAGAUUAUUAAAAGGCGUAGGUAUGUACGUCGCGCCGUAGAUUUUAUAUACGAGACAAUUUAAAGGGAUCGUUAGUGCCGUGUCAAAGUGAAGUCAUUUCGAAGUCCGGUCGUCCGCGCCACGGCGCUCGUUCACCCAACGUAGUAUUUAUUAUUAUUAUUACUCCUUUAUCAUCAUCGUCAUUAUUAUAUUAUGAUCAUCAUUAUUAAGAGUACGAUUAUAUCGUUAAGCGAAAAGUGCGAACGAAUUUCCGGCCGAAAUUAUAUCCAUCGGGGUUCCUUUAUUAACGAAGGAUCGUUCAACCUGAUCACAUUACGCUUCGCGAUCCAAAAAACAUCGGGAUCCUGUUGUUGUUCAUUCUCAUGGCUCGACGAUUCAUAAAAUCGUUCUUGUUUGACUGACCGGUCACGCAUCGCCCGAGAAAUGUCAACCAGGCUGUGAUUAUCCAAACAAAACAAAAGUAACAAAAGGGUGAAAAUUACCACGAUGACGACGACGGCGUUAACAAGAUCGAGUCCAUCUCGCGCAGAAUGUUUCUGUCCAUUCGAUGAUAGGGGAGAGAGAGAGAGAGAGAGAGAGGAGGAGGAGGAGGAGAAAACGCGAAAGAAAUAGUAGAUCGUCUGAACCAGCUGAACGCAAUGAGCUUUACUUUUUUAUUUUAUUUACCUAGUCUACGUCUAGUCAUUUUUAUAUUCAGCAUCAGAAUGGGGGGGGAGGGGAAUAAUUUACGCGUUUUCUCAUAAAAUAUUUAUUUACUAUUUGCCUUAAUUUUAAGAAGUUUCGCUUAAAGCGAUGUAUAGAUUUUCUUUUCUAAACCAAAGUGACUAUUUAAACGAAUCUAUUUAGGAUAAAGUAUUUAUUGUUCCGAAAGGUGGUUCCAGGUAAACCAAGUGCAAUUUCAUUUUAGAAUAAUUUCACUAACGACGCUAGCCGAGUAUAUAAUUUCUUUAUUUUAUCGGAGUACGUUGUUCCUGAGAAUUGCGGCCAAACGCGUCGCGUUUUACGUAUCAAAUUUAUUUUAUACGACAAAUAUCUCGAAUAUACGUGCGUAUAUAUUGAUAUUUGGGCAUUGUUUUCGAACGUAUUGUUCCUUGUUUGUUUUCGUUAGCCUUUCUUGUUAUCACGAUUCAGUUUUAUACCUCAUUACGAACGAUUAGGGAGAUUUUAAAGGAUCGUUUGCACCGGGCAAAUCGAACAGUACAGCAGGCAGCAAGUACUUACAUCGGUAUGAGUUCACAAAAUUUGUGGCUACCGAUGUGAUUAGCAACGGACGAUAUUCAUGUGAACAUUGAAUAUUUUUUUAAGCACGAUAAAUAAAACAUUUGGACAUUUAGCGAGCGAUGCCCGGUCGAAUCACAGAGUUUCGCGCAAGCUUCGAUUUAUACGAUUCUGGGCGGAAGCCACAUGUAAAGAAGCAGCGACGGAGCAUCGAUGUUAGUGGAGGAAAAAUGGGGGUCAUAUUAGAACGAAAUCAAAUGCAUAAAGCACGCUGGAAAACUAGCGUAGGCGAGCGAUGGAACGGAGAAGAAAACUCUGAUCUAGCAGAAAUAAUCAACCAAAGUACCAACAACUAUUCUAUAUAUAAAUAUAUAAAUAUGAAUUAUUAAAGAAGGAGUAUAUAAAUAUAUAAAUAUAAAUAUUAUAAAUAUGAAAUAUAAUAUAAAUAAAAUGAAUGAAUAAAUAAAUGAAUAUAUAAAUAUAUAAAUAUAUAAAUAUAUAUAUAUAUAUAUUGAUUGAUUGAAAGAAAAAAACUAGAGACUUAGUAAAUUAUUAUAGUUUAGCUAAAUCAACAUGAAAUAAAUUAUUACUUCGAAGGACAGGGAAUGGGAGGACCGGCUAUAGUCUGGCGCAAUUUAUGACACGACUAAAAGCUAUCUCAAAUUUAUACGCUAUUUAAGUAAAUAUAACAAAUGCUACAAAGAAAUAUACAUAAAUAUAUGAAAUAAUAUACGAGCACGCGUAGAUGUACAACCUAAGUACGCAUACGUGUGCACGCGUAUAUUUAUUUCUAUAUUUAUAUAUGCACAUAUAAAUACUGUACUUAUAGUUUAGGGACAGGCAACCCUUUUCCUUGCUUCUCCAUCGGUUCAUAAAGUACGUUGCCUGUUCGUACGCUCGCACACGAAAACGAAUCAUUGCAAAAGAACACUACUUACUAUACCUUCAUUUAUCUAUACAUACACACAUACACGUACGAAAUUUACUAUACAUAGUUAAUGUGAAGGCAUGGUACGGAAGGCGUGUAUGUGGUUCACACGCGUGAACGUGGUAGCGCGUAAAAGUAAGUACUUGCGGAACUAAAACUAAAACAGAGGGAUGUGCUGUAAACUAUCCUCCGAUGACGAGCUCGAACGGCUUGCUAGUUAUUGAUGAUAUAAAAUAUUAUUAUACUAGCAUACGCAUAUAUAUAUAUAUAUAUAAAAAAAAACAAUUAAUACUGAUAAAUAACAGUAAUCAAUAAUACUAAUAACAAUGAUAACAAUAAUAAAAAUAAAUUACUUACAACAAUACUUUAUAAGACGUAUACAUAAUUUAUACUACGCGAUAAACGCAUAUACGUAUAUAUUCUUGUCAGUUUUAGGAAUACUGAAUUCGUCUAAAGGCAUAUAUACAUAAAUAUAUAUUUUCUAUAUAUACACACAUAUAUAUGUAUGUAUGUAUAUAUGUAUAGACUGAUGUAUCGAAAGCGCGGGCGUAGAUUCAUCGAUGCUGAAAGAACGUCACCAAAAAUGUUGUGUGAGGAGCAUCUUUGCGACGUUGUACCGACGUUGUUCCGUUGUACAACGGAAAACGAACACGACGAAACGAUAUCUAACGACGAUGAAACAGCGAGAUCUUCUUUCGACGGCGUUUUGAUAGCAAUGGGACGCGGAAAGGUAUCGCGAUACUCGGGAACCGGUCGUAGAGAUGAAACUCAGGAACGCGUGUAACAGACCCGGCUGAUCACAAAUCAAAUUUGCUAAACAAACUAAUCCGAAAUAUGUGUUCACGAAGGCGAAGGUAAAUAUAAGAGAAGGAACUGGGAAUUAACGCAACCAUAUGUUUGCCAAUCCGAGGUCCAAUCACAGACCGUAAGAGCAAUCGCGCGAUCGGUAGGCCUCCGAGUACGCGUACGCGAGCGUUGAUGGAAUCGCGUAAGCGGCACGAUCGUAAACAUAAUUAGGCGAAUGCGUGCAUCGCAAGCAUACAGGGCCCGCGAGGAAGGUCUGCAGCGCAGCGGUACAUCCUAUAGAUCAGCGUUUCAUUUCUCAUGGCAUCGUGCGCGUCUCUAACCGGUACACGUCCGGCAAAGACGAUUAGCGGACAAGCUGAGCGAAUUGGGCCACGGCUAGAUACUUGUCUACGAGUUUCCUAUUCCGCAGACCAGUCCAUUCAUCUCUCUGCUAAAAUCAAAUCAACGCAUUCCAUUUUCGAAAUAGCAUUAGCUAUUAGUGCCACCGCUAUUAGUAGGCGUAUACCACGGACACGAGCUCCUAUCGUCCGUUUUAUCUGUUCGACCGUUCCAUAAACGUACGCGCCAACGAUUUCCCACAUUUCUUCGUUUCGUUCGAUAAUUUUCGAUGUAACGAAAACGUAUCGAGUCAUUUUUAAUUUCGCCACGCCAACUGCUCGGAUGUCGUUUCCCAUUUAUACACGUCACAUUCGUUGUUCGUAUGGUUUUGUACUUUUGGACUUCGUGUUGGUCCGUUUUCGUACUCUCCACGCGAAUCACACCGUAUCGAAUCGCGUAUCGAAAGCGACAAAAUUGAAUCGAUUCGGUUACUAAUUUUAACGUAUUUAGUUAACUCGAACGCGUUUCAAGUGGAAGAGAGUUACACACGUAGUUGUACGAUGCAAUGUAGAGGAAGAAAGGUAGACACCAGCAAAGUGAUCGAAUAUAGUGACACGCACACAAACACAAAGAAUCAUGCGCACGCGCGCGGACACAGAUACAAAAAAAGGAAGGGAGGGUAAAAAGAAGGAAAAGACACGUAUACUGGUAAAAGCUUGUAUGCAAGUACCAACUGAUUAUAUCACUACGAUCUAAGCUUUUUAAUGUUUAACAAUUACUUAAUAGCGAAUAUCAAGGUAUUCAACCUACUCUAAUAAAAACACCCUAAUAAUAGGUAUAAAUUCGUAUAAAUAUAAAUGUAUACAUAUAUAAAUGUAUAAAUACGAAGGUAACGACAAUUGUAAACAAACCAAAACAAAUACAACUAUUUUAUCCAACAAAGUUUUUGCUACAACCGAAGUAGUAUGCAUCUUGCUAUGGAAUAAAUGAGACUUACGGGAGAGGAGAGAAAGAGAAAAUAAUAUUCUUAGCUCUAAGGACAAGAAGAAAAAUAAUGAUAAUAGUAAUCUGUGAGGAUCAGCUUCGAAUUUAUUUUUACAAUGACGUGAUGUAAUGCUGAGACGAAUUCGCUGCUCGCUAAUUAACGUUCCGAAUGCUACUCGGCAAGCGACGUACUCGCGAAGAUUCAAGCGUCCUAACGACGUACUCGGGUAUCGAAUUUUCCGCCGAUCUCAGUUUUACCGAACCUAAGGAUUCUCUUUAACAAAUUCUCAAGUCGCAAACUUUGCCGCUGAAAUUUUUUAGAAAUAUGAAAUCGGUACUCGUGGUCGUCGUUGUCCGAUAGUAUUGUCGACCAUAAAAAUUACACGGAAAGCUUUCGCGAAGCGGGAGAAAAGAAAGGAAGAAGAAAAAUAUGGGAUACAAACGGCGCGCGGUAUCUCCGCGAUUUUAUUCGUUCCGACGAAUCGUUAUCGACGAUCGUUAUCGCAACGGCCGACCGUGACUUAUCAUCGUCGAUACGAAAUUUCCUGGAAUUUUUAUGGUAGCCACGGAGACACGCACGAAGAUUCGAUGGAAAACGGGAACGAAUAUCCUCCACUCUCGAAUGUAUAACUUAACUAACUUUAAUAAUAAUAAUAAUGAUCAAACACUACAUAUAAGCAUACUACCAUUUACCACCGUACUCGCACA